CCCGCCUCUUUCAAACACACGGACCAAUAGGAGAACAUAAACGUCACCGGCCGCUUGAAAUAUUCAUGAUUUUUCGCGGGCUUUGAGUACCACGUGAGCGUUUCGCGCGAAAAGUGACUGCAGUUCCAGUUGAGCAGAAGAAGAAGAAGAAGACAGACGUGUUUACCAGGGGAACAUCUGCAGAGACUAUGGCAGAUUCAUCGGAGUCCUUCCAGGUGGCCACCAGCCCCAGCAGAACCUCCAGGAGAGGAGAUCUGACCUCCAGCCCCGGAAGAGACCUGCCCCCCUUUGAGGAUGAGUCCGAGGGGCUGCUGGGAGACGGCCCCCUCCCCGGAGAGGAGGAGGAGGACGCCGACGGGGAGGAGCUGAUAGGGGACGGGAUGGAGAGGGAUUACCGCGCCAUCCCUGCCCUGGAUCAGUAUGAGGCCGAGGGUCUGGAUCUGGACGACGAGGAUCUGUCGGAGCUGUCCCCGGGGGCUCGGGCCGCUGCUGAGGAGGCCAUGAGGAGGAGGGACCGGGAGCAGGGCAUCAGCGGGCGCCUGAGGAGGGGGCUGCUCUACGAUAGUGAAGAUGAGGAUGAUGAACGUCCGGCUGCACGUCGUAGAAGACUGGCUGAGCGGGCGGCAGAAGGAGUAGCGGACGGAGAAGACGAAGAAAUGAUCGAAAGCAUUGAGAAUCUGGAGGACAUGAAGGGUCACACGGUGAAGGAGUGGGUGUCCAUGGCGGCCCCCAGACUCGAGAUCUACAACCGCUUCAAGAACUUCCUGCGGACACACGUGGACGAAAACGGCCAUAAUGUGUUUAAGGAGAAGAUCAGCGACAUGUGCAAAGAGAACAAAGAGAGUCUGGUGGUGAACUAUGAAGACCUGGCUGCCAGAGAACACGUGCUGGCCUACUUUCUACCAGAGGCUCCCACUGAGAUGCUCAAGGUUUUUGAUGAGGCUGCUAAAGAGGUGGUCCUGGCCAUGUACCCUAAAUACGACCGAAUCGCCCAUGAGAUCCACGUGCGCAUCUGUAACCUCCCCCUGGUGGAGGAGAUCCGCUCCCUGAGACAGCUCCAUCUGAACCAGCUGAUCCGGACCAGCGGUGUGGUGAGCAGCUGCUCCGGCGUCCUCCCCCAGCUGGGCAUGGUCAAAUACAACUGUAACAAGUGCAGCUUUGUCCUGGGCCCGUUCUUCCAGUCCCAGAACCAGGAGGUGAAGCCCGGGUCCUGUCCUGAGUGUCAGUCCCAGGGACCCUUCGAGAUCAACAUGGAGGAGACCGUGUACCAGAACUACCAGAGGAUCACCAUCCAGGAGAGUCCUGGGAAGGUCGCCGCCGGACGCCUGCCCCGUUCCAAGGACGCCAUCCUGUUGGCUGACCUGGUGGACAGCUGCAAGCCUGGAGACGAGAUAGAACUGACAGGCGUCUACCACAACAACUACGACGGCUCUCUGAACAUGGCCAACGGCUUCCCAGUGUUCGCCACAGUCAUCCUAGCCAAUCACAUCACCCGCAGGGACGAGGGCGUGGCUGUGGCCGAGCUGACCGACGAGGACGUCAAGGCCAUCGUGGCUCUGUCGAAGGACGAACGCAUCGGAGAGAGGAUCUUUGCGAGCAUGGCCCCUUCCAUCUAUGGUCACGAGGACAUUAAAAGAGCUCUGGCGUUGUCGCUGUUUGGAGGAGAACCCAAAAACCCAGGUGGAAAACACAAAGUCCGUGGAGACAUUAACGUUCUGCUGUGUGGAGACCCAGGAACCGCCAAGUCCCAGUUCCUCAAGUACGUGGAGAAGGUGGCCAGUCGUGCGGUCUUCACCACUGGACAGGGCGCCUCGGCCGUGGGUCUGACUGCCUACGUGCAGAGACACCCGGUCAGCCGUGAGUGGACGCUGGAGGCCGGAGCCCUGGUGUUGGCCGACCGCGGCGUCUGUCUGAUCGAUGAGUUCGAUAAGAUGAACGACGCAGACCGGACGAGCAUCCACGAGGCCAUGGAGCAGCAGAGCAUCUCCAUCUCCAAGGCCGGCAUCGUCACUUCUCUUCAGGCCCGGUGUACUGUGAUCGCAGCUGCCAACCCUAUAGGCGGCAGGUACGACCCCUCCCUGACCUUCGCUGAAAACGUGGACCUGACGGAGCCUAUUGUGUCUCGUUUUGACGUACUGUGUGUGGUCCGAGACACGGUGGACGCAGUUCAGGAUGAGAUGUUGGCUCGUUUCGUGGUCGGCUCUCACAUCAAGCAUCACCCUGGAAACAGCGAAGGGGGCGUGGCCUUGGAGGAGGUGGUGCUGCCCAACUCGUCAGACGUUCCACCGAUUCCUCAGGAACUCAUGAGGAAGUACAUCAUCUACGCCAAAGAGCGGGUUCAUCCCAAACUCAAUCAGAUGGACCAGGACAAGGUAGCCCGCAUCUACAGUGACCUGCGCAAAGAGUCCAUGGCCACGGGCAGCAUCCCCAUCACGGUGCGUCACAUCGAGUCGAUGAUCCGCAUGGCUGAGGCCCAUGCCAAGAUGCACCUGAGGGACUACGUCCUGGAGGACGACGUCAACAUGGCCAUCAGGGUCAUGUUGGAGAGCUUCAUCGACACGCAGAAGUUCAGCGUGAUGAGGAGCAUGAGGAAGACGUUCGCCCGGUACCUGGCGUUCCGCAGAGACAACAACGAGCUGCUGCUGUUCAUCCUGAAGCAGCUGGUGUCGGAGCAGGCGACCUAUCAGAGGAACCGCUACGGCGUCCAGCAUGAUGUCAUCGAAGUGCCCGAGAAGGAGCUGCAGGACAAGGCCAGACAAAUCAACAUCCACAACCUCACCGCCUUCUACGACAGCGACAUUUUCCGUUCCAACAAAUUCAGCCACGACGGAAAGAAGAAGCUGAUCCUGCAGCAGAUCUAGACCUGAGGACACGCCCCUGCUCCUCCUCCUGCUCCUGCUGCUCCUCCUCUCUUCUAAAAUGCGCUUCGUCAUCUAUAUUUCAAGGCUCAGAUUUGGGUCGUACAGACAGUGCUUCAGUUUUCUUCAUCUUGUCGGACUCCUGAGGACACACUCUGAUCUGUGGGUUAAAGAUGGAGGACACGAGUGGGACAUGGACGCUCAGAUGUUGGACUCAGAUGUCCUGUGAUUUAUACUGUGUUGACUUAAGGAGUUCAAACAGCAGCGCAGACGUAGAUUUGUAAAGGAUGUUCUGCGCUCAGUGGAGUAACUUUCGACUCCUACAGAAUUAGAGCUGCAACCAAUUAAUAGAUUAUGUGCUUGAAACGAAUGCAAAAAGUCAUGAUUCGAUUAAUCUACUCCAAUUGAUUGAAGGGAAAUAUUCUAUUGCAGUUUUCCUGAACUGAAGCUUCUUCGUGCGUCACAAUAAGGGUCUGCAUGAAACACAACAGUGGAACCAAUGUUUAACAGCAGAGACAUGAAGGAAACAAACCUUUGAUUCAGGAGAAUUGUGGUUGAAUGAUUUUUUAUUUUUUUGGAUCACUUUGAGUCGAUUAAUCGUUUGCAGCUCUAUACAGAACAUCUGUGAUAAACUGACGGUUCAGAUCUGUGGGAAACGAAGCGUCUUCAUCCUGUUCUUUAGUGUUCGUGUGUUCAGGUGGAACACACUGUAAAUACAUGUACAUGUCGUCUUCAUUAGAUUCAUCUGUUAUUGUGGAUGUUUUUACAAAGUUGGUUUUGUAGGUUUGGUUGUACAAAUGUUAAAGAUGCUUUCAAAUGGUGAACUGGCAUCUGUGAGUCUUUAAUUGUUUUAAAUCAUUGUAGAAAAACCACAAACGCUGAAAAGUAAACACUCCAACUCCAAUCUACACAUUUAACACAGAUUUGGAUCAAGGUUAUUAUCGUUAACGAAAACUACAACUGUAAAAACAUUUUCAUUAACUGAAAUAAAUAAAAAUAGGACCAAUGCCCCUGACGCUUACCGCCCAAAUUAAAAACUGGGAAAUGUAUUCAGCAGUGUUGGCUGCUGGUCUUUCAGACAGUUGAAGCUCAUUGUCGGCUUACAUCAAAAAAAUUGUGAAGUUAUUUAAACAUAAAUUCGUCCCUC